CUGUUAGCAGGGAAAAUGUUUUUCGCUCCAACAUUUGGCUUGGUAUACGUUUAUUGUGUGGACCUCUUCCCUACUAUCGUUCGCAACUUAUGUGUUGGUUUGUGUGUAACAGUUUGUCGCAUGGGAAGUGUACUUGCUCCACAAUUGAUACUUUUGGGUGUGUACACCUCACCUGAUGUUCCUAUUCUAAUCAGUGGUAUCAUCAUGCUGAUGGCAGCUGUCGUUAUUUAUUUUAUGCCUUAAUUGACCAAUCAACCACUUCCUGAUACCAUCGAAGACGUAGAGAACUUCAAAGAAAACAAAAAGAAAUUACCAGUUGAGCAGGAGAUUGAAACAAUUUCCAACUUAGUUUAACUAUUUCUUCAAAUACUAAAACUAUAGAACAAUGAACAUAUUUUUUACUAUAUUAAAAGCACUGCAUGGGAUUAUCAUUAUUAUUUAACAGAUCCUAUUUUUAGCUUUUGUACAAUGUAGACCUUUUUAUUCUCGUUUUUAAAUAAAAAUGCACCCGCAUUUGCUUAGUACAACAUUUUAUAAUCUUGGUUUAACCACUGUGCUAAAUUUUUUGCCAACGUAUAAGAUUGAUUGUAGAAAUUAAGUUUAUUACUUUAUUAAGUUUUCAUAAUUUCGGUUUCAACAAUAAAUUGAAUACAUGUAUCCGAAUGCGCUUGCUCAGAAGUACCGCUGCGUUGCGAAACAGCUCACCAGUACUUUAAGGAUAACUCAGCU